GUAAGAGCCAAACUUCCAGCACAGAUGUCAGCAUACGUCGACAACUUCAGGUCCGCCAUUGCUUCCGAGCUGGGUCUUGAACCCGGGGCUAUAUUGCCUGAUGUGACAUUCGAAGCACUCGGCCUGGAUCCACUGGCAGCCAUGGAAGUAUUGGAGAUCGUUAAUGAUCUAACCGGCGUCGAGUUUCCAGCGUCUUUGUUCAGGGACUGCAGGUGUCUUUCUGACAUUGGACGAAAGACUUCGAAGAGCGGCACCACCACACGACUCACGCCAGCGUCUGGACCCUCUCCAGUUCAUGUAGCCUAUUCAAGCACCAGUGGCAUUGUGGGGAAAUAUGCGAAAGAGUCUGGGGUCGCUGACUUCUGGACAAACGUAUACCCUUCUCAAAGGCGUCUGGUUCUGGCCUACGUCUCAGAGGCAAUGGCUGCUCUUGGUCAGCCCCUUGCCCAUAUGCCGCCAGGAACUCCACUCUCAAUCCCCAGUGACAUUUUGGCAAAACAUUCGAAGCUUAUGGAAGCCUUGCUCGACAUACUAGUUGACGGAGGUGUCAUGCAACGAGUUGGGACAAGGGUGGUUCGUUCAUCGGUCGUUGUGGAUUUGACGCCAUCAUCGACAAUCUAUGAGCAAAUCGCUCGCGACUUUCCCCAGCACGCAGAUACUCAUCGGUUGCUCAAUAUCACCGGCUCCAAUCUGGCAGGAUGUCUAACGGGCUCCAUGGACCCAAUCAAGCUUCUUUUUGGUUCGAGCCUAGGCCGGGACAUGCUGUUUGAGUUCUACACCAAUGCCCCCAUGUCCAUAGCAGCGUCAAAGCAGCUCUCAGAUUUCUUCAAAAAUGCGUUCAUCAGCAGCCUGGAGCCCAUCGAGAUUCUGGAGAUUGGCGCUGGAUUUGGCGGCACCACCAAGUUUGUGCUCGAUAUGCUCAUCAGUGCUGGGAUUCGCUUCAAAUACACGUUCACGGACAUCUCUUCGUCUUUUUUCAAGACGGCAAAGAAGCGGUAUGCUGAACUGCACUUGUCCGACAGCGCCAUUGAGUACGAAGUACUCGACAUUGAGAAGCCGAUCCCGGACAAAUUUCGAGGCCGAUUCCAUGCCGUCCUUUCCACGAAUUGUAUACAUGCGACGAAGAAUUUGCAAAUCUCGUGCACAAAUGCUCGUCAAUUGCUUCGGACUGGAGGUUUCUUCAGUGUGGUCGAGUUCUCAACGCGCCUGUACUGGCUUGACCUUGUAUUUGGCUUGCUGGAUGGAUGGUGGCUUUUCAACGACGGACGCAAUCAUUGCAUUGCAGAGGAGUCUUUCUGGAUGAAAAGCAUGCAUGCAGCGGGAUUCCAGGAUGUCAUUUGGACGAAAACUUUGGUGGACGGAAAGCGACCUAACCCUCAAGUCAUCGUUGCUACCACAGAGUAGUCUGGAGGUUGCAACCUUCUGCAAUGAGAGUUGAACUCUCAGACAUUUUCCCCAACCGAUAGAUCGACGUUGCUAAGGCUUUGAUUGAAGACAAUCGUUGACCUCUCCACUGCACACAACGCAGGGCAUAUCCUGCCUGAUCACAGCAACCCGCCUCGUGGAAUUGGGCCCUUGUUGGGGCUGACUUAGCCCAGCGCAGAUUUUCGUGAUCUUGCUGAACCUGACGAGGAAAGUUCCG